CGGACACCAAACGUCAAGUUAACGUCAUUGUCAAUUGUCAAUAAAUUGAAUUUUUCUGCGUUACAAAAUCGGUGGUGCCUUGCUGGAAUAUUCCGAAUAUUCGAAAUUAUCAGUGUUCUUUUCGGUUUUAGUGAAUUUGUUUUUGCUCGUGAUUUCAUUGAACAGACAGAGGUGAUAAUUAAUUAAUUGCAACAUGCCUGUGGAUCAAAUUCAGUACUCGCAAAGAUACACUGAUGACGUCUAUGAAUAUAGGCAUGUCAUCCUGCCUCCGGAUAUAGCCCGCCUGGUACCCAAGUCCCAUCUCAUGACGGAGACAGAAUGGCGCAACCUGGGAGUGCAACAGAGUCCUGGCUGGCUACACUUCAUGGUCCACAACCCCGAGCCUCAUGUCCUGCUGUUCCGACGACCUCGGACAGAUGUCCAGCCAGCAGUGAAUGGAAUAGAUAGUAAUACAAACUCCAGUGUCAAAGUAUGAGGUUGGUGUAUUUAGGUUAAAUUAAUUUUGAAUGUAUGGUUUAGUGAUAGAAAAUAAAGGUUUUCUAAGGUACGGAAUCAUUUUGUAUGAUGCCUGUGAUAGUAUGCAUUUAUUAAAAUAGCUUAAACUUUAUUUGUUUUUGAAAGAAUUAUAAUAUUUUGUAUAUCUGUAACCCUAGUAUGGAAAAAAUUAUAAAAACUGCAUUUAAAAACUGACUUCAAAAAACCAAAAACUAGUAAACACAGGUAUAAACAUAGGUUACCCACCCACUGAGGUUAGAAGUCAGCACCAUAAGUUCUAUACAAAAUUAUUCAUUAAAACCUUGAUAGAUACCUAAUUUACAAUUUUGUGGCCAUUAAGUUAUAUCAUUGUGAUAUGAGGUGUAAAAUCCUCAUCAAUACAAAUUAAUCAAGCCCAAACACAAGGUAUUUAAUAUAAACCGUUGAGAAGUUCUUUCAACUGUCUGUUGGUUCCAUCAUCAGGUCGACUCCAGACCCUUAUCAAAUUGUAGUGUUUGAAAAUCCUAAUUGAAAAACAUAAUAGACAUAUUACUCGCCCUUAGAAUUUUUGAAAGUUCCCCUCGGUUUCCCUCGGAUCCUAUCAUCAGAUCCUGACCUCAUAGAAAUGGGACCAUCUCGGGAGUAUACCCUAUCAGCCGAACAUAGUAAGUAUCUCCUCCUUUUUUUGAAGUCGAUGAAAAGACGACAGAGCUGUGUUCUGUGCAACAAAAUAAAGUGAAAGUAAUGUUUCCUACAUAAUAUUACCAUCUUUUGCAUGGUUAUGUCACAUUCUGCUUAAUUACCACCUUCUAUAAAGAGCUUUCACAUGAUAUGUUAGCCUUAGGGAUGGAUCUGAAAAUGAAACUUGUUAAUAUAACAUAACAUCACACCUUUUAUCUCCACAGGGGUAGGCCCAUGGUACUUACUGCCGCUGUAUGAUGUAACACCCACUUUUUACUAUUUAUGUUAUGAGUCCCAUGUAAUAGGGGUGAGCCUAUUGCCAUAUACCGGGCACAUUUCCAGACUCCGUACUAGAAUUACUUACUGUCAAUAAUAUUA